UGUUAGUUGCGUGCAACUAGUUGGAUUUUCGAUUUAGCGGAGACACUUGCGAUCAGCAGGGUUUCUUCGGAGAAAGUGUUGGUGCGUGCCGGAAAUAUUGACAUGUCAGUAGAAAUUUGGCGAGAGAAAAAAGACCGAUUGCUUGUGUUGAGAAAUUCAGCAAAAUAUCCGUGAAAAAGUGAAUUGAGAGGAAAAAAGUGGCCAAAAAGUUAAAGUUGAGUGUACAGAGUAUAUUAUAGAGUACAAGGAGUAAUCCUAAAUAUAGUUUGAGAGUGAUAAAACCUGCUUGCAAAGGAUGUCCAAGUUUGACAUGGUUAAGCCCUAUAUAAGUGACAGUGAAGAGAGUGACACUGAGACUGAGUUCGACAUAGAACAGCUUGGACCAUUGGAACCUGGACCUGGAGAGCACAAAUUGCAGUACAAUUACUGUCUGUGGUUUGCCAAGAAGGGCUGCCACCGGACAUCUAUAACACAAGUGAAAGCCACUGAGCAGGAGUAUGGGAAGUCUCUGCACAUUGUGGGCAGGUGUGCCAGUGUGGAGCAGUGGUGGUCACUCUAUUGUCACCUCAUUAAGCCGACUGCAUUGAAGCCCUAUCGUGAACUCCAUCUCUUUAAGAGUGGAAUAAAGCCAAUGUGGGAGGAUCCCGGCAAUGCCAAAGGCGGGAAAUGGGUGAUAAAACUUCGCAAGAAUAAGAUUGAUCGUGCCUGGGAAACUGUUUGCAUGGCGAUGCUGGGUGAACAAUUUCUUGUGGGGCCCGAAAUCUGCGGAGUUGUCCUGUGCACCAAGUUCCCGGAGGACCUGCUCUCCGUGUGGAAUCGCACGGCGACAGACCAAGCGAGCACAGCUAGGAUAAGGGACACACUCAGACGGAUUCUCAACUUACCUCCGAAUACUCCCAUGGAGUAUAAGCCACACUGUGAUAGCUUAAAAAAAUCAAAAACAUUACUAAAUAAGAGUUGAGCUUAUCCUCCAGAAAGAACCUCAAUUCUCCUUUUCAUCCUGAGUCUCCUAUUUUUUUGAUCAGAAGAAUUAAAAAUGAGAGAAAAAAUACCGAGAAAAAAAUUGUUAAAUAGCAUCCCUCAUCAAUCCAUUCACCAAGAAAAAGACAAAGAAAAUAUCCCGAAAAAUAUUCAGAGGAAAAAAAUAAAAAUAGUGACAAAGUGACAAAAAGGAGUUUCUGGACUUUCUGCCAACAAAACACAGCUUGUUUUUUUCGGACAAAAAACAAAGAGAAUGAAAAAAACAGGAAAAAACUUACCGAGAGGAAAAGAAGUUCAUAAAAUUUGUGGAUUUUCGAUUCAGAAUAAAACAUUUGUUUUACAGAAAAAAA